ACUAAAGGGGAGGAAGUGGCGGAGGAGAACUUCCGGUCCUGAGGAAACUCGGCUCGGUGGCUGGGCUGACAGGCGCCGCAUCCCGUGCAGAAGUGCCCGGUGCCUUCCAUCGUCCUUCCGCUCCUCCUCCCUCUCCUUCUUCCUUGCUUUACUCCUUCUCUUUCUCCUUUUUCUCUUCCUCGUUCUUCUCCUCCACUUCACCACCGCUGCCUCAGCCCGAGCCUUCCCAGCCUCCCCAGUCCCCAUGUUUCGGGGCGGGAGGCCUGGAAGCGAAAACCUGCUCGCCGGCACUUCAUCAUGUCCGAACUGACGAAAGAGCUGAUGGAGCUGGUGUGGGGCCCCAAGACCAGCCCCGGCCUCUCCGACACCAUCUUCUGCCGCUGGACUCAAGGCUUUGUGUUUAGUGAAUCAGAAGGUUCUGCAUUGGAACAAUUUGAAGGUGGCCCCUGUGCAGUUAUUGCUCCUGUUCAGGCAUUUCUUUUGAAGAAGCUGUUGUUUACUUCUGAAAAAUCUUCUUGGAGAGAAUGCCAAGAGGAAGAACGGAAGGAUCUUCUUUGUCAUACCCUGUGUGAUAUUUUAGAAACUGCCUGCUCUGACAACUCUGGGUCUUACUGCUUGGCAGCAUGGAUAAGAGGAAAGACCACCGAGGACACUGCAAGUAUUUCUGAAGGCCCUGCAGAGUCUAGUUGUCAAGAGGAACAUACUUCUGCCUUGGCUGUCGAAGAGCUUGGCUUUGAGCGGUUUCAUUCAUUAAUUCACAAAAGGUCAUUCAAAAGUUUUCCUGAACUAAAAGAAGCUAUUUGGGAUCAGUGUUCCAUGUGGGCAAACAAAUUUGGAGUAUUGCUUUUUCUGUAUUCUGUGAUACUAACAAAGGGUAUUGAAAACAUAAAAAAUGAAAUUGAAGAUUCAACAGAACCUUUGAUAGAUCCUGUAUAUGGACAUGGCAGCCAGAGUUUAAUUAACCUUCUACUAACUGGGCAUGCUGUUUCUAAUGUAUGGGAUGGAGAUAGAGAGUGCUCAGGAAUGACUUUCCAUUACCUUGUAGAGGACAAGAGUGUCCCAAUAGUAGAAUCCUUUACAGGGUCAGAG